AUGAAGCAUUUUACAUCUGUCAUUCUCUUCUUAAUUGUCGCUUCUAUUGGAGCGACUGUCGAUGCUAUCGUAACGGGAACAUAUUUUGACCGAAUUGUUUUAGUCAUGUUUGAAAACACUGGCUAUACUCAAGCGAUAGCACAACCUUAUUUGCAAAAUUUAACUAGCCGUUCUAACGGCCUCCUUCUUUCCAACUACCAUGCAGUCGCACAUCCGUCUCAGCCAAAUUACAUUGCCACUAUUUUUGGUUCAACCGCUGGUAUCACGGACGAUAACAAUCAUAACGUUUCCGGAAAUAAUGUAGUUGACCUUCUUGAAACUAAAGGUGUCUCUUGGAAAGCUUAUAUGGAAAACUAUCCUGGCAACUGUUACAUUGGUGCUACUGCUCCUUCUGGCCAACAUUUAUACGCAAGGAAGCAUAAUCCUUUCAUUUCAAUGAAUGACAUAAGAACAAAUCCCACUCGUUGUGCUAAAAUAGUUCCUGGCACCCAACUUGAUACCGAUAUAAAUGCAAAUGCAGUACCACAAUUUGUCUAUUAUGUACCAAAUCAAAAUAAUGAUGGUCAUGACACUGGUGUGGCAUUUGCAAUGAAUUGGUUCCAAGGUUGGCUUGAACCAAAACUUACUAAACCUGCAUUUACAACAAAUACUUUGAUCUUUAUCGUUUUUGAUGAAGAUGAUGGUUCUCAAGGCAAUCACAUUUUUGCUGGUCUUCUCGGUUCUCCCGUUCAUCCUCCUUCCAAUCACAACGACACUACCUCUUACAAUCAUUACUCAUACUUGGCUACCGUAGAGAAAAAUUGGAAUUUGGGAAAUUUGGGUAGAAAUGAUGUCAGUGCAACAGCCUUUACUAAAUAUUUGAUACAUCCUUAA